AUUUACAAUUUCCGCAAGGUCGCUCUGUAUGUCGCGAUGUGUACAAGUGUCGGGAAACGUUAAACUUCAGUUUCGUAGAAAGCAACGCGUGGAAUAUAAUCAGCGUUAUCAUUCUUCAUUUAGAGAUAUAAGAACGUUAAUAACAUUAAUAACUAGUAAUGUCAUCAUCUGCGGGAACCUCCUCAGCCACGGACUUCAUCCUCGGACGUCAUCCUCCGGAUGCACUCUAUCCAUUCAAGAUUAAAACAAGAACAUUAUCAAGUAUUUCGAAUUUGUUUGAUGUAAAAUCCGGAAAUAUUGGGAAAUAUAUUUUGGAGUCAUUGAAGUGUGCGCCAGAUUUCAUUGGCCAGGUGGAUGACGAGACUGGAAGGACAACUACGUUUCGGGAGAUGAGAAUGAAGAGUGUAAAAUGCGCAAUAUUUAUGGCUGCACUGGGUAUCAUGGAGGGAGAUGUGGUAACAAUAUGUAUCCCCAAUCAUGUAGACGCCUAUGCACCGUAUCUAGCUUGUCUGUACAUAGGUGCUAUCGCGGACUUAUGGCACGAAGAUUUUGUAAGAUUUGGAGGAACCACAUCUAUUCUACACAUUCUGUCGCAAACAAAGUCGAAGAUGAUUUUCAUUACCAGUAUGUUAGCCCGUAACUUUGAGUACAUCACACAUUGCAAGGAAUUAAAAUACGUGGACAUCGUGACUAUUGACAAACUCGAAAGAGACAAUUACUUUCUCAAUGAUUGGAUAAGCCAUAUCGACGACGACGACGAGCGCGUCGAAAACUUCUCAUGCUCAAGAAUAGGUACAAUGGAGAGUGCAGGAAUAAUGUACUCUCCCAGCGCGACUACAAGCUUUAAAAGCAACAUUGGGUUUCCUCACAUGAUGUUCUCGUAUCCGACGAGCCAGACGAUACCUGACAUGAAAAAGAAUGAUAUCGGCAUGUGGUACGCACCCUUCUGUUCGUUGCACGGUCCGUUCCUCACCGUGCGCGCUAUACUCGAGCAGGUGACGGUAAUCAAGCCCAAGACAUUCAGCGAGGAGAACAUGUACGAAACUAUACAGAAGCACAAGGUAAACUGGAUGUUGCUUGAGAGCAAAAUGUGCAACAAGAUGCUCUUCAACGUCGACGUCUCGGUCUACGAUACCUCUUCGUUAAGGGAAAUCGUGUGUGAUUCAGAGAUCAGGCAUCAGGCUUAUGCAAGCCUCAUGACGUUACUACCGCAUGUUCCCAUCAUUAAAGUAUAUAGUAUGGUGCAGACAGGCGUAAUAGCUUGCCAGAAAAACAGCAGCAAAAUCGGAUGUAGCGGCUACGUAGCGCCAAUAAUGAAAGUGAUAAUUGUCGAUGCGAACACCAGGGAAAGAUUGGGUCCAGAAUCACGCGGUGAAAUCUGGUGCAGAUAUCCGACCGUGCUUCCAAAUAGUGUCAAUAUAUUUUACGAAAAAAACGAAGAGUUUCUUAGUGAACCCACUGCUAAGGACCAGAAUAGAAUGGAGAAAGGGUGGUAUUACACCGGAGAUUGGGGCUACUUCGAUAAAGACGGCGCCAUUUAUGUCAUCGACAAGAUCAAUCAUCUUAUGCGGAAUAAAAGUCAGCUCAUUUCGUCGACAGAAAUCGAGGCUAAAAUAGAAGAACAUCCACAUGUGAUAGAGGCCUAUAUACUAACAAGUCCUACUGAUAAGUCUUUGGACUCGGUGCACAUUAAGUCAUCGCCAGAAUUAGAGAAAAAUGAGUUUUUUCAAUAUCUGACACAAUGUCUGGGCUUACCCGAGGAAGAAGAAUUCAUGGAAAAUAAUAGGGUAUACUUCUACCCUAAAAAGUAUCAUGCACCGUGUUUGCCCAAUGGAAGAAUUGAUAAAAAAAAGUUGAAUGAUUCUUGUAUGACGUAAUAACCUAUUGAAUGAUAAUAAUUUGAUACAUGUAUAAUAUAUAACAUAUAAC